GGUGGAGGAGGGGAGGAGGAGGAGAGUGCAGCUCUUUGCUACUACGUCAGCGUACAUCACAGGAGCGCACAGGACCUUCUUUUGCUUCCAAUAGUCGGGGUGACUUCCCUGCGCUGAAAAUCCCGGUCACCCUAAAACGCACUGAUCCUCCCAGUAAGGAUUCAUUGUGUCUGAGCCGACUCUGUCCAGCAGCAGCAGCAGCAGUGCAGUGGAGCUGGGAGCUGUCCUUAGUGCUGAAUUUAUCAGCUCACAUAAAUACCCAUUGCACACUCAUGUGCCUGGGCUGCUCCUGAUACUUCCUAUUCCUUGCAGCAACUGAUCAACACCACCUCUACAUAUCCAAGAUGGACGAUGAUGGUCGCUACAGAGACAGCCGCUCAGACUUCGUCCGCGGCGCCAAGGACAUUGCCAAAGUUGCUAAGAAGCAGGUCGGUAAGAAGGUGGGGCGUGGCAUGGACAAAAUGACAGAUGAGUACACCAAACGCUCUUAUAAGCGAUUUGAAGAGGAAGAUGACGACGACGAUUAUGCUGGCGUGCCGAGCAAUGAUGGCGGAUAUUAUCGCAACGACAGCCGUGCCAAUGAUGAAGAAGGCCACAGCGACUCCACUGAAGGACACGAUGAGGAUGACGAGAUCUAUGAGGGCGAGUACCAGGGCAUCCCAAGAGCUGAAUCGGGGAAGGCUGGCAGCAUGGAUGGCAUGACAGCCGCACAGGCACAGCAGUUCAGGGAUCUUUCGGCCUAUGAGGGCGAGAGGAGAAAAGAUCAGGAGGAGUUGGCACAGCAGUAUGAGACCAUCCUGCAGGAGUGUGGCCACGGGAAGUUCCAGUGGACGCUCUACUUUGUCCUGGGCCUGGCACUAAUGGCAGACGGUGUGGAGAUCUUUGUGGUUGGCUUCGUGCUGCCCAGUGCUCAAAUAGACAUGUGUCUCUCCGAGCCCAACAAAGGCAUGCUGGGUUUGAUUGUGUACCUGGGGAUGAUGGUUGGGGCUUUUUUGUGGGGCGGCCUGGCCGACCGAAUCGGGCGACGGCAGACCCUUCUCAUCUCCCUCUCCAUCAACAGUGUGUUUGCCUUCUUCUCGUCCUUCGUCCAGGGCUACAGCUCCUUCCUGUUGUGCCGCCUGAUCUCUGGUGUGGGCAUUGGUGGCUCCAUCCCAAUUGUGUUUUCCUAUUACUCUGAGUUCCUCGCCCAAGAGAAGCGAGGAGAGCAUCUGUCCUGGCUCUGCAUGUUCUGGAUGAUUGGUGGCAUCUACGCAUCUGCCAUGGCUUGGGCCAUCAUCCCACACUAUGGCUGGAGUUUCCAGAUGGGCUCAGCCUACCAGUUCCAUAGCUGGCGUGUUUUUGUGUUGGUGUGUGCCUUCCCCUCUGUGGCGGCCAUCUCUGCCCUCACCACCAUGCCUGAGAGCCCCCGCUUCUACCUUGAGAAUGGCAAACAUGACGAGGCAUGGAUGAUUCUGAAGCAAGUCCAUGACACCAACAUGAGGGCCAAGGGUUACCCCGAGAGGGUCUUCUCUGUGACCACCAUCAAAACAGUGAAGCAGAUGGAUGAGCUGGUAAACAUGGGCGAUGGUGCUGCCUGGCACGAGAAAUGGAGGAUAAAGCUCACCACGCUCUUCCAUCAGGUUUGGAGUAAUUUCCAGACCAUUUUCUCUCCCGAGUACCGGCGCACCACCUACAUGAUGAUGGCUGUGUGGUUCUCUAUGUCCUUCAGCUACUAUGGUUUGACGGUGUGGUUCCCCGACAUGAUCAAGUACCUGCAGAAGCAGGAGUACUCCUCGCGCACCAAGGUUUUUGUCAAGGAGAAGGUAGAACACGUCACCUUUAACUUCACCCUGGAAAACCAGGUUCACCGUCAAGGAGAGUACUUUAAUGACAAGUUUAUGAACCUGAAAAUGAAGUCUAUGGUUUUUGAGGACUCACUCUUUGAGGAGUGUUACUUUGAGGACAUCACCUCCACCAACACCUUCUUCAAGAACUGCACCUUCAUUGCCACCCUUUUCUACAACACUGAUCUUUUCAAGUACAGGUUGAUCAACUGUAAGCUCAUCAACAGCACUUUCCUGCACAACAAAGAGGGCUGCCUGCUCAGUGACAUAAGCGAUGAAAAUAAUGCCUACAUGGUCUACUUUGUCAGUUUCCUGGGUACCUUGGCUGUGUUGCCAGGCAACAUCGUCUCUGCGCUGCUCAUGGACAAGAUUGGACGGUUGAGGAUGCUUGCGGGCUCCAGCGUGAUAUCUUGCAUCAGCUGUUUCUUCCUUUCUUUCGGCAACAGCGAAUCAGCUAUGAUUGCCCUGCUCUGCCUGUUUGGAGGAAUUAGCAUUGCCUCCUGGAAUUCCCUGGAUGUGCUGACCGUCGAGCUCUAUCCCUCUGACAAGAGAACCACAGCAUUUGGCUUCCUCAACGCCCUCUGUAAAUUAGCGGCGGUGUUAGGCAUAAGCAUCUUCACUUCGUUCGUUGGCAUAACCAAGGCUGUACCCAUCCUGUUUGCCUCAGGUGCACUGGCAGCAGGCAGUUUUCUUGCCCUCAAACUACCUGAGACGCGGGGCCAGGUGCUGCAAUAAUGUGGCACCAACAACUUUCCAGAGGGCAGAAGAGUUUUUGCCACACUGUGAACGAAUAGCUCAAGAGCCCUCCAAAUCCUGCACUCUAACCUCUCCCCAUCUACAAGAGUAAAUUGUAAUGCAGGUAAAUAUUAGUAAUUAGUUGAUUGGUACAACUCCAUUCCACAAAGAGCUGUAAAAAAGAAAAAUCGAAAGUAAAAUCUGCUGCCUGUGCCUCAUUGUUACUCUAAAUUGGAAAAGAUGAAAACACCAGAAACAUAGUUAAUGAGAUAUUUAGUUAUUAGAGUUUGUCUCCCACACUGUAAAUACAUCCCUCUGGGGUUGGAGGUCAGGGAUGGGGACUCUUGAUGAUGAGCCAUGCAAAUAGACUCAUAGAAAUGACCACUAGCCAUUGUUGCAGAAUUCUCUGUAGUCACCAUCAUUCUUCCGAGCAAAUCCAACUCACCUUUCCAGUCUUGAGUGCUUUACCAUUGUUGGACACUGACUCAAAAAUGCAACAUUUUCUGCCUUGAUUUGAAGCAUUUUUGACUUUGCGAGGUAAAACCAAGACACUCCUCUCUUGGCUUCCUCCUUAACAAAGAUCUGUCGUCAUUCUUUAUCUCCUGAGGUCUUGUGUUGGUGUACAGACUAACUGCCAUUUUUUUAGAUUAUAGAACAUUCCAGGUUUGCUUUUGUUACUGUUGCGAUAAGGAGCUCCAUUGAGCUCCUCUCUCCCUUUAUUGCAUUGCUAUAGUGAAACACCGCUCACCUCCAAGCAGCCAUAAGAUCAUACAUACACAUUUCCCACUAAAAGGGAAAACUACAUUCUACCAUGAAACCCAUUUAAAUCACAAAGGUGAAGAUAUUUGUUGAAAUGUACAUGUAAAGCACAACCACUUGCCAGUGUGAGUGCUCCUAACAUUUUCCUGGCUUGAAGAAAAUGUUUAGAAUCUCACACUCAAUCAUCGUUUCCAGCCACUCUGUAUAUCCCUUUGUGAGAAAUGCCUUUUUAGUACUCUCCCAGACUUACAGUAUGUUUGUCUCUUGUAUGCUUUGGAGGGUGUUCUGCAUGUCACAACGUAUGUAUGUAACAUUAUGAAAACUGAGAGUACAACAUGUAAGCAGCACAUGUUACAUCUGCCCAUCAAUUACUCUGAAUUAAGUUGUAUUUUGAUAUUUUUUAUCCAUAAAAGACAGCACAGUGCUUUUAUUCUGAUGUAGGGAUCCAAUAUUUCUGAAUUGAUCUUAAAGCACAUGCCACAGAUUUAAUCUGGUUAUUACACAUGAAAAAAAAGAAGAAGAUAAUAGAAAGUUUUUUAAAUGUUAUCCCACAAGCUAAUGUUUUAGAUGCAGCCAUAGAUUGUGUUAGAUGUGUAAGCUGACCUAAAUACCUUUAUCUGUUUGAGCUGAAUGUUUUCAUUAAUGUGAGUGUGCUUCUUGGUGCAAUAUUGAACCUCUGUGCAAUAUUGAAUAUUUUUAUUUAUUUAUUUAUUUUGUCUUCUACCAUUUCACAAAUGCAACUUUGAUUUGUGGAUGGAUGUGGAGUACCUAUCUAAUAUACAGUAGAUAACUAACACGGCACGAUAACAUACAGUACCUGACAUGAUUAAAGGACAGUUCAAACCAAAUCAGAUUUGCAUGGUUUUUUGGCCCCCCCAAAAAACCAAAACUCCACAAACCUCAAUUUGAAUAAUGUUACACAUAAAUAAUUUUCUCUCCAUUGUCUCCACCUCCCAACCAAAACAAGUUUGCAGUGAGCUAACAUGGCAGCAGUAUUUACAUCCCGUCACUCUGUCAUUUGCACAUCAUGAGCUUCUUGCCAUGUGUAAAUGAAGAGCGAUGCAGAGUAAUACCAUUGGCUGGUGUAGUUCAAUAGAAAAACAAAACCAAACAAAAGAAACAGGAAAAUAUUGCAACAUCUCAUUUGUAAGCCUGUCGUGGACCACAGUCAGCAGCUUUAACUUGGACACACCCAGGGUUCCAGCACAGUCCUCUGUAGGUUUGAGAGCCUACAGGUGUGAGGCAGAAACACUAACCACUGAGCCACUGUGCUGCCACCUGAAAAUAUUGAGUAACUAGGUCAUGAUUUCUGGAAAGAUGCUAUUGUUGAUUUUUGGGCACUUGGUGCACGCCAACGCAAGUGUCAUCUGAUUCUCUUAGAUUCAGGAAAGGGAACAAUGCUUUCCACAGCUUACACCAAAGCAAGGUGGAACAAUAGCACUUUAAGUCAGAGAACAAAAAAACUGUCCCUUAAUCUGUCUUUUGCUCUUGAAACAAGAAAAAAUACAGUUCAACAGUCGGAGAGUAAAUAUUUGAGCUGUUGUAAAGAACUUCAGGCAAAGUAAAGGAAAUGUGAUCGCACGAGAGUUAUUCAUCUUAAUUGUUCUUAUUUUGGGGCUUGUAUGUUCUUUAGGCCUGUUACAGGACUUACUGCAUUUCAAGGGGAUUGUUAUGCUGAUGAGAGUGUGAAUUUUGGACAUUGUGUUUAAGUCUGCUGUAUGGUUGAAAGGUAUCCAGAUAUAACAUGAAAUUCAUCAUAGAGAACUCACUGCCAAGGGCUGACUGUCAUAAAUUCCACACAUAUAACAGCACAGAGUGUUGGUGAAAAAUAUUGUCACAUUCCCCUGAUCCGCAAAAUGAUUAUGAUGUGUUCACAUUUGCAAUAUUUAAGAAAAACAAUCAUCGACAUGCCAGAUUAACAAAAAUACAAUCCUUUUCUCCAGACUGCCAUUUUUUUAGGAUAGCAGCCAUACGUAGACUCGAGACAGUCGAAAACAACAGACAAACCAUUGCACUAAGUGAACACUGUCAUAAAGGCACAGUGGAGAAUCCCUCGAUUCCUUCUAGACACAUCUGGAUGCGGCCUUGCUAGAAAGUGAAGAGAAAGACAAGGUUUAGCAAGAGCACAAUGACCAAAAUCUACCAAAUUACAAUUUUGUAAUUGUGAACAUGAGGUGCUCAUGCAAACCCCCCCUCCACCAGGAAAGUGACCUGCCCUUUAUACAUUUUCCCGUCUCACUCUGAUCCAAAUCUGACAUCGGACCCGUCAUCUAUGAGUGUGCCAUGAGACCACCUCUCAUUAAUUAUUGCCAAAUAUUUCCUAUGCCCUGAGUUUACAUAUGAUACCAUUAAUUCUCUGUUAUACAUAUGAAGAUAUGUAAAUAAAAAUAACUAAUGUAACUAAUAAGAUAAGCCUUUCAAACCAAUGUUGCAGUCAGUCUUUGCCACCCGUCACAUGAAACAAGAACAUCUGGACUUUCUCGUCUUUUCACGACUCAACAAAUCUGACUUUAAGGGUUCAGAUGUUCUUGUUGGAAAUCUGCAACAAAUAACAUCUUCAGAAGCCCAAACGGCCAGCGAGCCUGAAAAUAAAAUUAGCCAGAUCCUCCCUUAAGAGCACACUGAUACACAAACGCACAUUCACAGCACAAAUAUAAAUGCCAAGCGUUAGCAGUUCUAUUCUCUGUAUAUCGUCCUGUAUCACCCAUGAAAUUAAGAGCAAGGAUGUCAAGAUAAUCGCUGUAUUUGUUUAGCAUGGUACACUGUCAAGACGCUAACAUGUCUCAGUGACUCAGUUCAGGCUCUGUCCAUGUCAAGAUUGUCUCUUGUAGAUACAUAUCCUAGCUUAUGUUACAGGGUUUUUUCUAUAACGUGUGGCCUGAGCAACAGUCAAUUGUGAGUGCAAAAAGUUAUCAAAGCAAUAAGUGUUUGGAUAUUUGUCUUUUAUUCUCUCCUUUGAAGUUGUUGGGAAUCGGAGCACAUUAGCUAUACGCUGGCCUUGUCCACGGAAAUGCUGGUUGUUGGCUCAAUAAUGACACAGAAAUAAACAGCUGACAUUUGUGUGUACUCUCUGAAGCAACCCUAAGUCUUGACGCUUUUGUCAAUAAAAUUGCAUUGCCAUUAAUUAAAUGUAAGGAAGAAUUUAUCACCCUUGUCACUGUACUGUGCUGUAGAAACUGUAGUUGAUUGUAAGUUUAGAAACUGUGGUAUCAUAAAUAUUAAAAAACAAAAAGCUGUAAAAAAAAAAAAAAAGCAGUGUAAAUGAACAAUGCUGUA